AGACUGAGGCACAAGAAUCACUUGAACCCAGGAGGCAGAGGUUGCAGUGAGCCGAGAUUGUGGCACUGCACUCCAGCCUAGGCGGCAAGAGUGAUAGACAGAAAGAAAAGAAGAAACAAAACAAAAGAGGGAGGGAGGGAAGGAAGGAAGGGAGGGAGAGAUGGAUGGAGGGAGGGAGGGAGGGAGGAAGGAAAGGAGGGAGGGAGGGGAGGGGAGGGGAGAGGAGGGGGGAGGGGAGGGGAGGAAGGAAGGAAGGAAGGAAGGAAGGAAGGAAGGGCUUUUUUACUAAUACAGACAGACAUGACUGUUUAUGUAGAAAAUUCUAAGGAAGUUAUAAAAAAAAGUACUAAAACUAAAUAGCUGAGCAAAGUCACAGGAUAAAAGGGCAAUAGAGAAACUGAACUGUAUUUCCAUACAUAAUAGCAAUGAACAAUUUUAAAUAGGAAGAAAAAAGUAUUUAAAAUAACAUAAAAGCUGGGUGUAGUGGCACACACCUGUACUCCCAGCUACUCAGGGGGCUGAGGCGAGAGGAUCUCUUGAGCCCAGGGGUUCAAGGCCAGCCUGACAAACACAGCAAGACCCUGUCUUAGGUCGCGAUUUUCUCCUGCUGCUGUGGCCCGGACAUGGCGACUCCCGGCCCUGUGAUUCCAGAGGUCCCCUUUGAACCAUCGAAGCCCCCAGUCAUUGAGGGGCUUAGCCCCACUGUUUACAGCAAUCCAGAGAGUUUCAAGGAAAAGUUCCUUCACAAGACCCACGAGAACCCGGUGGUACCCAUAGGUUGCCUGGCCACGGCGGCCGCCCUCACCUACGGCCUCUACUCCUUCUACCGGGGCAACAGCCAGCGCUCUCAGCUCAUGAUGUGCACCUGGAUCGCCGCCCAGGGUUUCACGGUCACAGCCAUCUUGCUGGGUCUAGCUGUCACCGCUAUGAAGUCUCAACCCUGAGCCCAGGGUCUGGCUUUGAAAGCUCCGCAGCAAUGAUUCCAAAACCCAGGAGCAACCACUGGCCCUACCAUGGGACUUACUCCCUCCUCUCCUUUGAGAGGCCCAUGCGUCGUUGGGGGAGGAAGUGACCCUUUGCGUAACCGUAACUGAAAGUUUUUUCAAAAAUCCUAGAUUCUGUUGUUUGAAUGUUACAUACUUCUAUUUGUGCCACAUCUCCCCUCCACUCCCCUGCUUAAUAAACUCUAAAAAAAAAAAAAAAAAGACCCUGUCUUAAAUAGCAUAAUGAAAUACUUAGGAGGAAUAAACAUAACAAUGUAUAAGAGCAACAGACUAGAAUGAGUAAAACAUGAGAGAACUCAAAGACCCAAAUAAAGGAAGAGAUAUAUUGUGUUCAUUCAUUAGAAGUCUCAGUAUUAAGAUGUAAGUUCUUUCCAAGUUGAACUACAGAUUCAAUACAAUUCCAGUCAAACUCCAAGUAGGCUUCUUUUUAGUAGAAAUUGAUAAACUGAUUCUAAAAUUUAUAAACUACAUACAUUUCUAGUUUUAUAAUUUAUUAUUUUUUCAGAGAAAAUCCUGAAAGAAACCAACAAAAAGAGUAAAAGGAGUCUCCGAGGGAAAAACGGAUAGAACAGUAGAAAGAAAACCACAACUAUGUGGUGCUAAGAAUGUUGAGGAAUUAAUUGGAUAAAAAGAAUUUAUUUAGUGGCAUACUGAAGUUGCUGCUCUCACACCAUUCUCUCCAGGACCAUGGUUCUCAAUGAAGGGUAAUUUUUGCCCCCUUGAGGACACUGGCAAUGUCUGCAGACAUUUUUGGUUGACCCAACUGGGGAAGUGCUGCUGGUAUCUAACAGCAAGGAGGGGCCAUGUAUGCUGUAAAACAUAUAUGAACCCUCCACCCCAACAACAAAAAAAUCUGGCCCAAAUGUCAAUAUUGAAUGCUCCAACUGAAAAACCUUGCAUUAGAGCCUAAUUUGAUGCUCUACAUUGUGAGAUUGAGCUUUCUAUAACAAUAGUUGUCUCCAUGUUUACUUUUUCAGU